CUGGUGGAGGGUUCUGCACCAGUUCAGCCAUGGGAUGGGUGCUCUGGGGGGUCUUGCUCGCCUGGGUGCCCACGGCUUGGGUGAGAGGCGUUGAGCAGCCCCAGGAGCUCUCCCCCUCUUUGGGGUUUCUGGAGUGCAGGAAGGCCCUGAAUCUCUCACGUCUGGAGGUGCUGCCAGGGGGGGGCUGGGAUAACCUCAGAAAUUUGGAUAUGGGCAGAGUCAUCAACCUGGGCUACUCGCUGUGUAAGACCACAGAAGACGGAUCUUAUAUCAUCCCGGAUGAGAUCUUCACUAUCCCUGUCAAGCAGAGCAACCUGGACAUCCACUCUGAGAUCAUCGAGUCCUGGAAAGAUUAUCGGAGCCUCACCUCUGCCUCCAUCAACCUGGAACUGUCCCUCUUCUCCUCCAUCAACGGUAAGUUCUCCUACGACUUCUGCCGGACCAAGACCCACCACGUGAAGGACCACGCCGUGACCACCCGGGUGCAGGUCAGGAACCUGGUUUACACUGCCAAGGUCGACCCGGGGGCAGCCCUGGACCCGAGCUUCAAGAAGCUGCUGCUGACCAUCGCCAGCCACCUGGAGAACAACCAGACACGCAUGGCCGAUUUCCUGGCCGAGGUGCUGGUGCUCGACUACGGCACCCAUGCCGUCACCUCCGUGGACGCCGGAGCCAGCCUGGUGCAGGAGGAUCAGGUCAAGGUGACCUUCCUGCAGGACAGCUGGGGCUCACGGAGCGCGGUCACCGCCUCGGCCGGCGCGGCCUUCCACAGCAUCGUCAGCGCGGAAACCCAGGAGACCCUGGACGUCAGCUCUGGCUUCACCAAGCAGUACCUGCAGAACCGCACCCACUCCAGGGUGGAGAGCGUCGGCGGGACCCCCUUUUACCCGGGCAUCACCCUCAAGACCUGGCAGGAGAGGAUUCAAAACCAGCUGGUGGCUCUCGACCGCUCAGGGCUGCCCCUGUACUACUUCAUCAAGCCCAGCGUGCUGCCAGAGCUGCCCACCCCGACAGUGAGGAGGCUGGCCCGGCGGGUGGAGAUGGCCAUCCGCCGCUACUACACCUUCAACACCUACCCGGGCUGCACCGACGCCUCCUCGCCCAACUUCAACUUCCAUGCCAACACUGACGACGGCUCCUGCAAGGGCGCCGUGGUCAACUUCACCUUCGGAGGAGUCUUCCAGGAGUGCGUGGGGCUGGCCGGGCCCGACACCAGUGCCCUGUGCCAGGGGCUGGAGCAGAGGAACCCACUCACCGGGGCGUUCUCCUGCCCCGCCCCCUACACCCCGGUGCUGCUGGGCGUGCAGGAGCGGGAGGAGGGCCACAGCCACCUGGAGUGCCACAACAAGUGCGUCCUGGGCAUCUUCUGCCACCGCAAGUGCCAGGACGUCUUCUGGCUCUCCCGGGUGCAGUUCAGCGCCUACUGGUGCGCCACCAAUGGGACGGUGGCCCCGAGCUCGGGAUACCUCUUUGGGGGGCUGUUCAGCACCCAUGGCGCCAACCCCGUCACCGGUGCCCAGUCCUGUCCCUCGGGGUACUUCCCCCUGAAGCUCUUUGGCGAGCUCAGAGUGUGUGUGAGCCGGGAUUACGAGGCGGGGGCCCAGCACGCUGUGCCCUUCGGGGGCUUCUUCAGCUGCCAGGCAGGGAACCCCUUGGCCGGGCAGCACCAGGGCACCGCCGAGGACCCCCACGCCAAGGUCUGUCCCCCGGGCUUCAGCCAGCACUUGGCGCUCAUCAGCGACAGCUGCCAGGUGGAAUUCUGCGUCCGGGCCGGGCUCUUCACGGGGGGCUCGCUGCCGCCGGCCCGCCUGCCCCCCUUCACC